UAGUUUUAGUAAGACCGUAAGCACCCAUAAUACAUUGUAAACGGAAAUAAGGAUAUACAGGAAGUAAACUUUCAAGAUGUCGCAAAUGUCUGAAGAUCAGUUGUCUGAAAUCCAAGAAACAUUCAACAUAUUUGAUCAGAAGGGAGAUGGAAAGAUAUCAGCCUCUCAACUUGGGGAUGUUUUGAGGGCACUGGGUCAGAAUCCCACAGAGCAUGAAGUGAAAAAAUGUGGCUACAGUAGUAAUCCAGAUGCCAGAGUUUCAUUUGAGGUUUUCAUCCCCAUUCUUCAGACUAUCAGUAAGAACAGAGACCAGGCCACACUUGAAGAUUACAUUGAGGGUCUGAAAAUGUUUGAUAAAGAUCAGAAUGGCUUUAUCUCAUCAGCAGAAUUACGUCAUAUACUUACAUCUCUUGGUGAUAGAAUGACAGAUGACGACUGUGACCAACUGUUUCAAGGACAGGAGGAUGCUCAGGGAAAUGUCAACUAUGAAGAAUUCAUCAAGAUGGUGAUGAAUUGUUAAGAUGAGAGUGUGAUUACCCUGACAAGUCAUUCCGGAGAUGGCCUGGAUUUUACUUAGAUAAACUAAACCUACUAUCCUAAUGCCUUGUAUAGACAGCAGUAUGAGGAGCGAUGGGAGGAUCAGGAUGGGCUGUAUGAAUGGACAGCAUUAGAAUAGGAAAUGGCAGAAAGCUAGAGUGUGGUUGCAAAUGUUCAUAACAUCGCUUUAAAUUCAUUUCUGGGUUGAAGAUCUGACUGUAGUACAAUUUGGUUGUAUAAAUUUUCAGUUUAUAUUUGAAGAUGAAAAAGUUUUUGGAAUCUCCAUUAUUAGUUAUAUAAUAAGGAAAAGCGAUUUUAAGAAAAAAAAUGUACAUGUCAUUUCUCUGCAGUAUAAGCUUUAUGGAUGUUGAUGAGUGUGUGCUCUGUAUAGAACCCUGACAAGUGCUAUAUAAUAUUUGAAAUCCUCCUUCCAAGAACUAUUUCCCUGUAAACCCAGAUAAGUUACAGUUUAUGUACUUGACACCAUUAUUGAUUUUACUUGUUAAGGCAGAAAGGCAAGUACAUGAAGUUGGUUUAGUUAUGUUACAUCAUCAGAUGAGUUUGUUACAGAGUUUGCCUUUAUUUAAUUUUAGUUCAAUUCGAAAAGAAAUGGAUAUACCAUUAUAUAUGGUAUAAAUUAUUUGCAAAAAGGAAAUACGCACAGUAAUAAGACGGAUUGGUAAGAGAUGGAACAACUUUUUUUUUUUUUUUUUUUGCCAUUUCAUUUAUAUGUAUAAUGUCUUCAAUUUUAUGGACCAUUAUAUUAUUAUAGAUAUUAGUACAAGCAUAUUUUAGUCAUUCCAUAUAUCCUUACUUAUAUAUCUCUAGCUUCUCAUUGUCGCCCUAACUUAAGUUUUUGAAACAUUACAACAAGAUGUAAAGUUCUGCCUCUGGCAUUUCUGGAUAGUGUAAUACUCUGCUACAGCAUACACAUAUAAAUGUACAGUCUUUGGUAUCCUGAAUUGAUGUGUAUGCCCUUUGUUGAUUCCACGAAUGUAUGUUAGUGUAUUUGAUGAUGUUGAUCAGUAUUCAUGAUGAGAAUCUAGUUUGUUUUGGCGAGUCGAACAAAGAAAUUGUGGAAUGUAUAUACAUUUUCAACAAUGAAGCAGAUAUCGCAAAUGUAUGUAUUUAUACCUAGGGUUAGAUGGUCAACAAUAUCAUACCACUGAGUUACUGAGUAAUUAUUUAAUACAUCAUUUAAUAAAAUAAGCUUCAAAAAUAUA